UAUUCAGGACGAGUCAGGGGCAUAGUUGUCUAAUAAGAUAUUAAUUUUCCGAAUGCGUGGAAAAUAGGUUUUGGGCUCGAAAUGGCAUUGUACCGAUCGCUUGUCUUGCAUCAUCGCCCAACAUCUCCGACAGUAAUUCCGUUAUUCCGAAAUUACCCCUCGAAAGCGCUGAAAUUCUCGAGCCUGCCCUUCCUCCACCGCUGCAGUAAGUCUCAGGUCUCCUCCUCCUCCGCUCGGUGUUGUUCUUCAUCGUCGUCGUCUUCCAUGGAAUCUCCUCCGGAAGGUUACAGAAGAAAUGUCGGUGUCUGCCUCAUGAACUCUUCCAAAAAGAUUUUCACUGCCUCGAGGUUGGAUAUUCCCAGUGCUUGGCAAAUGCCUCAGGGUGGAAUCGAUGAGGGUGAAGAUCCAAGAGUUGCAGUCAUGCGAGAGCUUAAAGAAGAGACUGGAGUCCACUCUGCUGAGAUUGUCGCUGAGGCACCUCACUGGAUAACCUACGACUUCCCCCCUGAUGUUAGAGAGAAGCUCAAGGUCCGAUGGGGUUCUGAUUGGAAGGGUCAAGCACAGAAAUGGUUUCUGCUGAAAUUUACUGGGAAAGAUGAAGAAAUCAAUCUUCUUGGUGAUGGUACUGAGAAACCUGAGUUCGGUGAAUGGUCCUGGACAUCUCCUGAUCAAGUCAUUGAACAUGCAGUGGAUUUCAAGAAGCCAGUGUACAAGGAAGUCAUGUCAGCUUUCGCUUCUCAUCUCCAGUAACAAAAUAAAUCGAAAACUGAACUCACUGUUUAAAGUUUUUGGUAAGAAACUCGAGAAUAAGCUGUUCUUUGACAUAUUUGCUCUUUUUUGAACAAUCCAUGAAUCAAAAUACAAUUCUUGUUUCCUCUC